AUGAAGGACGUUCAUAGUCUGAGUAUUAUAGGCCAACGUACUUUCGACAAGGACUCCUUUGGUUAUGAUCGCUUAGGCGAGAUUGCCCAGGUUGCUGAGCAGGCGUUAUCCGUCAAUGCAACAAAUUUUGUACGUCACGAUCUCGAGAGGCAGGUUGAGGUUAAUGACAUUUUGAGUCAAGAACUUGCACCUGUAGACCCGACCCAGCAAUAUCCACCUCCAAGACCUCCGAGGCGUUCGCGCAGGUCUCAGCGUGGGCAUGGGAGGCAAGAGACAAUCACGCCCACACAGCCACAUCAGUCCUCCCAGCAUCAGCAGUCUCAUACCCCCUUCACUGACGGUUCAUCCCAUCAGUCUCCACUUAUGUUUCCACACCAUUCUUCUCAACAUUCAUCCCAUCAGUCUCCACAUUCUCCACAUUCUCCACAUCAUUCAUCCCAUCAGUCUCCACAUCAUUCUUCGCUGACCCAACCGGCGUUUUACCAUCCCAUUAUGUCUCCCCAGCACCAGCAGUCUCAUUUUGCCUUCACUCAGUUUUCCUCCCCUCAGACUUCUCAGCCUCAGUUUGGAGAUUCUUUUAUUGACUUUUCUGGGUUCCAGCAAAGUUCUCUAGAUGUUCAGUCGAUACAUUACACGAGUAACUUUCUUUCGAGUAUAUUCGAGGGUAUUGCAGGGAUCGAGUCAGACUCUAGGGACUCCACCGUUGGCUGUGAGUAA